CCCGGGGUCUAAACUUGGAUAGGGAGGGUCUUCAGUCAGCUGUCGUGUACCGCCGAGCACUUUCCAGACUUUAUAGACCGGUAAAUGACAUAUAAACCAGUGGAAAGAGCACUUCCAUCGUCAGUAAACUUCUAGUACUCAUACAUGAGCACAGAGGUAAGCGUAAACUUAGGUGCGUAAUCACGCGCCAGGAGAGUUUUUGUACUUUUGCUGCGAAAAAAAAAACCGGAAUUUGUUUUUCCCCAGUUUUUGAUAAUUUAUCCUAUUCGGGCAUCUGACAGCAACGCGACUUUUUGAACAAUAAAAGUUCUGUAAACUCACUUUUUUCAAGUUUCACAAUGGCAGAAGGGGAUUACUACACUAUGGGCAACCGACAGAGGGUUCCACGGGAUCCGUUCCGGGAACAGUCACUCGCAUCUCGCUUUAUGGACGAUGAGUUUGGACUGCCACCCUUUGCCGACGAGUUAUCGAUGGACUGGCCCGGCUGGGCGAGACCUCGACUGAGCGCCCGCCUCGACGCGCCGUGGUCGGGCUCGUUGCGUACGGGCUUCCCGCGGACGAGCAUGGGCUCGCCGCAGGGCUUCAGCUCCAGGUACAGCGAGAGCCCUCGCCGAUCCAGUGCGCCCCAGUCCAACCCAGACGAGCCGUGGAAAGUGUGCGUGAACGUGCACAGCUUCAAACCUGAGGAGCUUAAUGUCAAAACUAGAGACGGUUUUGUAGAGGUGUCAGGGAAACAUGAGGAAAAGCAAGACGAGGGUGGAAUUGUUACCAAAAACUUCACAAAGAAAAUUCAAAUCCCAUCCGAUGUGGACCCUCUCACUGUGUUCGCAUCUCUGUCUCCGGAAGGUGUUCUCAUCAUUGAAGCCCGACAGACCCCUCCGUACUACCUCUACAGCAGCGAAAUGCCCACAGAACCCAUGGAAGACCCUGACGCCAGACCGCAGGAACCCAGCAUGGCUUCAGCCCCAGUCUUUGAAGUCAGGAGUCAGGAGUGAACUUGGGGCUCACAUGCCCAUGGUAUUUGUUCCAAGCCAGUGCUAAAAUCUAGUUUUAUCAGUUUCAAAAAAUUACUUAAACCAAAAGUCAUUAAUCUGCUAAGAAAUAGUCCAUAAAUCAAAUGGUUGGAUCAAAUACCAGUAGCUUUCAGUUACUAUGUCAAUGAAGAUAAAUGUGAUAGAGCUACCGGUCAAGUGAGAAGGUAAAGGUGCAAAAAGGGAUGAGACAGGCUCAAUUUCUAUAGUAAAGAGUCUACAGCUGGAAAUAGGCCUGGAAACAUACUCUACACACAUACGUAGAUGCGAAUACAUGGUCAACAUUGCAAUGGCACAUCUCAUUAUAUAUACUUAGAAUGCAUUCUUCUCAGUCCUCAAGGGGGCGAUAGAGUUCCCUUCAAAUGUCAACAAUUAAAUAGAUAGUUCACCCAAAAAUCAUCUCUUAUUCACCUACAUGAUGUUCCAAACCUGUAUGGCUUUCUUUCUUCUGUGGAACACAGUGUUUUUUGUCCAAACCGUAAAUGUCAAUAGGAUCCAGUUUUAUAGACAAAAAAUAGUUCUUCAAAGCAUUCUUCAAAAUAUCUUCUUUUGUGUUCCCCAGAAGAAAGUCAUACAGGUUUGAAAUGACAUGAGGGUAAGUAAUUAAUCUCUUAAUUUUCAUUUGACCCAUCCCAAGAACUAAUUUGUAAGUUAAGCUUCUCUUUAAACUGUUGCUCAGCCAUGCCGAUGUGAUGCAAUGUGUGCUUGAGUUGAGUUAUAAAUCCCAUUCAGACACAUUGUGAAAUAAAGCUUGCGUAGCUAAUGUUUUUAUAUGUUUUGGACUUUCUGUCCCUCAUUUAAACCUAAAUUUGUUUUGUCGCUGAUUUCAAAUGGAGGCUCUGUUUGAAUCAUCUGAAUUUUUGUCACAUUGGACUAUUUAUUUGAAGGUCUUCUCUGAGAACCGGGCUUGAAUACUGGCGCUCUUUCUCAAGUGCUGUUUAUUGUAUCUUCUUCUUUCUUUCUUAUUUGUGGGUGUUCUUUUUUCUUUUUGUGUAGGGAUGUAUGCUAUGCGUUUUUAUAAUAAAUGAAUUUUACGAAA